AUGUCCGGAGGUGUCAAAUCCGGUGGUAAGGGGCCAAGGAGUGUUCUCGACUUGGCCCUGGUGUCGCGUCGGUGGUAUUGGGCUCGGCGGCUCGUGGUCAAGCCCCGCCAUGUACGACCCCUGUUGACCUGGGGGAAGCCCAGCGAGACGACCAGCGGUCGAAGCCGCGGUGUCUGUCCCGGUGUCGAGUCCAGUGUUGUUAGUACCUGCGGAGAAUACCUCACUGGAGGUGAUCUGGAAGCUUGGAGUGCCAAGAUGAGAUUUUUUGGAUAUUAUAUGGGUAGGUUGAGAGGCGUCCGCUCGCGCUUUGCGAGCUGCGCGAUGAACUCGUCGAUGCACUCCAUCCGCAGAUCGCGCGCUGGGGGGCCCCAGCUACGUGCCGUAAGGUGUUUGGUACUGCGCAGUUUCUGGCGGUUGCACUCCUAG